AUGACUUGCCUCCGGAAAUCCAAUGGAAGCAUUUUCUCAGGACUCUGGGGCCUGGUCAACAAUGCUGGCAUCUGUGUCUUUGCUAUCAACGAGUGGCUGAAAAAACAGGACUUUGCAAAUAUACUGGAUGUGAACCUGUUGGGCAUGAUCGAGGUGACUCUGAGCAUGCUGCCCUUAGUGAGGAAGGCGAGGGGCCGUGUGGUCAACGUCUCCAGCUCCAUGGGCCGAAUGUCUUUUUGUGGUGGUGGUUACUGCAUCUCCAAGUAUGGCGUAGAGGCCUUCUCAGACUCCCUCAGGAGGGAGAUCGCCUAUUUUGGGGUGAAGGUGGCUAUCAUCGAGCCUGGCGGGUUCAGGACCAAUGUCUCCAACUACGAGAGGCUAUCACACAGCAUAGAGAAGGUGUGGGACCAGACGUCCUCAGAGGUCAAGGAGAUCUAUGACAAGAAUUUUCUGAACUCCUAUGUGAAAGCAAUGAAGUCACUGACAAACACAUGCUCAGAUGACCUGUCUUUGGUGACCGACUGCAUGGAGCACGCUCUGACUGCCUGUCACCCUCGCACCCGAUACUCGGCUGGCUGGGAUGCCAAGCUCUUCUACCUCCCCUUGAGCUACAUGCCCACCUUCCUGGCAGAUGCCAUAUUCUACUGGAGCUCUGUAAAGCCUGCCCAAGCCCUGUGAAUAUGCACAUGUGUGCAGAUUUGUGGUGGGUAGAGGGAGAAAACGACUCAGGGCAUGUUGUUCACAAGACUCAUCAAAACAGUUCGGCUUCCAUACUACUCAGAACCAGUAAAGUUCAGAGGAAAGAGCCAAAGAAUUCUGCCAAGGGGGAGUGAUACAAAGGGGCUGUCAAUAUCCUGUGAAGUUAGGCAGCUUCUCAGGGUUUCAUCUUGGCCUGUUGUGAGAAUCCACAGAACUGCAGAGGGUGUAAACACCUAGGAGGGGCCUUGCCUUUGGCCUCUUCCUCAUGAUGUCCAUGGGCCUGGCCAUCACGGAAGAUCGAAAGAAUCCACUUCACAAUCACCUUUCUCCAUGGUGUCAGGUGGGAUAGAAUCUGGCUAAGAUAGAAAACAACAACAACAACAAUUUUUAUUUAUCUCAGAACCAUGGUUUUCUUUGGAUUCCUUUCAUUUCAGAAUAAAAGUCUAAAAGAUUA